CUAGCGGCGCCAUGACAACGGCGGAGCGGGCAGCGGGCUGAGUGAGCGAUCCCAGGCCGCACCGCCUCCGAGCCGCCUCCAGCUAACACCGACCUCGGGUACCCGUGGCCGUGGCCGUGGCCGUGGCCGUGGCCGGUGUCUGCCUGGUUGCAAUGUGCCUGAGUUUGCAGAGCCGAGUGGAGUUUCAGGUUGAAGGAAGAUGUCUUUGUUUAAAGCUCGAGACUGGUGGUCUACAGUUGUGGGAGAGCAAGAGGAAUUUGACCACGGAUGUUUGUGUGUUGCUGAUGUUGACAACAGUGGAAGUGACAAAAUUAUUGUUGGCAGCUAUAAGGGAAUUCUACGUAUCUAUUCCCCACAGCCUGCUAAACCUGGAGCAGCACUUUAUCCAGAAGAGUUAAUCCUUGAGCUUGAAUUACAGGAUCCUAUAUUGCAAAUGGAAGUUGGCAAGUUUGUCUCAGGUACAGAACUACUUCACCUGGCUGUUUUGCAUCCAAGAAAGCUGUCUGUCUAUGCUUUCUCAGGAACUAUGGGUACUGUUGAACAUGGAAACCAGUAUCAGCUGAAACUAAUGUAUGAGCACAAUCUUCAACGUACAGCUUGCAACCUAACUUUUGGAGGUUUUGGUGGUGUAAAAGGUCGAGACUUAAUUUGCAUUCAGUCUAUGGAUGGGAUGCUGACGUUUUUUGAGCAGGAAAGCUUUGCUUUUGGGCGUUUCUUGCCCGGCUGCCUUUUGCCAGGCCCGCUGAAAUACAGCUCAAGGACAGACUCCUUCAUUACUGUGUCCUCAAGUCGGCAAGUUGAAAACUAUAAAUACCAGGUGCUAGCUGUUGCCACAGAUGCAGAAACCAGACAAGAUUCUGAGCAGCAGAAAUUAGGAUCUGGGAAGAGAUUAACGAGGGACUGGAUGAUGAACAUUGGUGAACAAGCAUUAGACAUAUGUAUAGUAUCAUUUAAGCAAGCUGCAUCUUCCAUAUUAGUACUUGGUGAGAGAAACCUUUUCUGCUUUAAGGAAAAUGGACAGCUUCGCUUCAUGAAAAAGCUGGAAUACAAUCCAAGCUGCUUCUUACCUUACACCUCAGUGUUGGAAGGAACAAUAAACACUCUCAUUGGGAACCACAAUAACAAGCUGCUCAUAUACCAAGAUGUUACUCUGAAAUGGGUUGCACAGCUUCCCCAUGUUCCUGUGUCUGUACAUGUCGCCAACUUCCAGGAUUUGAGGGGAGUAGUGGUGACUUUAAGUGACAGUGGCCAUUUGCAGUGUUCAUACUUGGGCACUGAUCCUUCCUUCUUCCAAGCCCCAAAGGUGGAGUCCAGAGAACUGGAUUAUGAUGAAUUGGACACAGAAAUGAAAGAACUUCACAAGGUCAUCAGGGAAGCUACAAAAACACAAGAUAUUUUGCCGAAGGCUGAAAACGAUGAUGAUUUGAAAGUGACUGUUAUCGUCUCCCCAAGCCUGGAUGCAGUUUCUCAAGCAGCUGAUAACACAGUAGAUGUGACACUUCCUUCCACCUCACUGAAGGUCACAAUUUGGAGCCGACUUUCUGUUCAGGAUGUGAAACUAUCUGUAUGUGUGCAGUCCCCACUUGCAGUAACACAAGACCAACUCAGCUUUGCUGCCAUAGAACCUGGAACAUCGAGAAGCGUAAUAUUGUCUGUUUUCCUGAAAGAAAACUUCCCACCUGCUGAUCUGGGAGGAGAUGCUGCAGUUUCCUAUAGUACACCAACAGAGCGAAACCCUGAAGGUGUUCCUCGAAUUGUACAGUGUACGUUUAGCUUGCCAUUGAACUUAAUUUGCCAACCAAUUCAACCAUCUAAGAAUGCUGCUCACAAAAUAACAAUUGACACAAACAAACCACCAGUAAAUCUCUCGGCUCUUUUUCCAGAUUUUCUUAGAGAGUCAGAUGAUGAGCAGAUAAACGUUUUGGGAUUUAAAUUACUCUCGGGGGCAACAAUUACACUUCUAGCCUCAAAGACAUCAAGUCGCUACAGAAUUCAAUGUGACCAGUUUGAAGAUCUCUGGCUCAUAACAAAAGAACUUGUUCAGCGUUUAGAAGAGAGUUUUGUGAGGGAAGGAACCAAAGACUUCAGGUGCACGUUCUCUGGGCCUCUUCCUUUGCAGGAGUACUUUCAACUAGUCGAUCACCAUUUUGAGUUGCGGCUAAAUGCUGAGAAGUAUAAGGAGCUUCUUUCAGAAAGAGCUGUACAGUACAGAGCUAUCCAACGACGACUUCUAACACAUUUCAAAGACAAAACUCCCACACCUCUACGUAACCUGGAUACUUUACUGGAUGGAACAUAUCGACAGCUUACAGCUCUCGCUGAUGCUGCGGAGGAAAAUCAGGCCAACUUGUACCAAGUUUUCACCAGGUUGAAGAGUGGCACCCAGUUGUUGGUCCAGUUGAUUGGCCUGUGGCAAGACUUGAGCAUAGACCAGAUGACCAUACUGAAGGCUACCUUUCUACCACUGAUGCAGGAUAGCCAGGAAUUAGGCUGGGAGGAGUGUGUGGAUGCGGCAGUUGCUCACUUACUAAGGACCUGUCUGUCAAAAAGCUCCAGGGACCAGACUCUAAGCUCGACAAACCAACUCAGUAUGCCGAAAGAUACAUCCAGAUUAAAGAAACACAUUACGCUCCUGUGUGACAGGCUGAGCAAAGGAGGUCGGCUGUCUUUAACUGCUGACAGCACACAGCAGGCAGCCACAAUUUCAGGCUGUCAAACUAUUCCAGAGUCAGAUCUAGAAGAGAGAAUGGCAGACCCUGCAGCAGCUGGAAUGUCCCCUAACCGUGCAUACAUAACACAGGAGCAACCAAAACCUGGAACUGAUUAUCACCCAAUUGAUUCAAACUGAAGUCUGCUGGCAGAAAUCGCUGGUUCACAAGAAUGCCUGGGAAUUGUUCCCAGGAUGCUGUAGAGGAAAACCCUGUGAUUCCUGAAGACAGAUAGGAGCGGACCAGCAGCUGGAUUUUGCUUUUCCACAGCUUCUGAUAUCCAGACUCCAGAACGUGUUGUUGGAGCCAAAAUCAGACUGCAUAUAUGUGAUCUUCACAAAAGCAACUGUGUAAUGUCCCCUAGCCUGUACCAUGAGCCAAAAUGGAGCUUGUUUAAGAGCUGCAUAGAUUGUGGGAGCUUGCUGUAAGUAGUAUUUGAUGUUUCCUAUUUUCAAAGAGUUUCUGGGCCAAAGGUUUCACUACAGUUAUCACAACUGGAAGACACACUGAUCCUUUCUAGUACACACACACAAAUUAUUGCAUUUAUAGUAAAACAUAUUCUGCUGGGAAAAACAUUAUGGUAAGUGUGACUGCUACCAAAACUGCAUUUGUUACUCCCACAUACCCAUCACUCAGUUUUACUGCUCCUACUUCCUUACAUCGUGCAUAGCAUCAUUACUAUAUUCAUGUUAAUAUUACAUUUUAAUUGUUAUAUAAUCUAAUGAGUGAUAGAUUUACUGGCUGUUAUUUAAUAUUAACUGGAUUCUCAGGCAUUUUUAGAAGCUGCAAACUUGUGCAACAAAUUUCAAUUUGUUACCAUUUCAGAUACAUAUAGCAAGCAAAUGAAGGAAGAUACCAUUUUUUAUCUAUCUUGUUAAAUGUAAAGUUGCUGAUAAAUAUAUUAAAAAGUUUAUCAUUAA